AUGGUGUUGAUGGGUGGAAGUUCUCAGAAUUAUCAGAGAGAGGAUGUAAAAGUACCAGAAGGAGGAAACAUUGUUUUCAACUGCUCAUUUACAGACCCUGAUGGUUCUGUCUUGGAAUGGACCAAUGUGAAAUCGCAUAUCAUAUAUUUUAAUGAAUUACAAGGUAUAAAAGAUCAACGUUACAAAUUGUUGCAUUAUGCCGAUGCUCAGUCCACCAUCAGUCUCUCGAAUGUUACUCUGCAGGAUGAAGGAGUCUACAGAUGUACAUAUUACAGCAGCCCGCUGAGGAUUAAAGAAGUGAACGUCAUUGUUUUAGCUCCUCCAUCGCAUCCAGUGUUUAAUGUUUCUGACAUUAUUUCAAAUGACAACGUGUACAAGAAACUAACCUGCCAUACUGUUGGAAGUAAGCCUGCUCCUAAAAUAACUUGGCUGCUUAACAACACACUGGAGAUCUCUGGUAUAACUGAGUCCAAAUUUGAAGAGGAUGGAAAGAAAUGCAACACAAGCAGCACUCUUGUGAUUAGAGUACGUAACUACAACUUGAGAGUUGACUGCAUAGUUCGACAUGAAAGUCAAACUAAUGAAACACAGAUUAUUGCACUCAAGAUUGCAAGUUAUGGAAAUAUGGAAGCUUCAACUAUCAAUACGUCAACAUUUUCAGAAUUUGGUCAUAUAGAUACUCACAGCACAGUAGCUCAGACUACUACUGCUACUCCAUUAGAGAGAAUAACAAUAGCAAAUAGACUGUUAACAGCUAUUGUUUCAUCUGAAAAUGCAACAGCAGUCCCAGAAAAGGAGGAAACUAUGCUGACCAACAUUAAUAUGAUAAACACAGAAGUAUCGCCUUCAGAUGCAACCAAUGUUCCAACAUUUGCACUGACAGAUUUCAGUAGUGAUACCCUUCACACCACUGAGUCACACAGAGAAACAAGUCAGCCACAAUUUACCUCUAAUCAAAGCAAAAUGGAAGUUCCUGUUACAGAGCAGACAUCUGAUCUGACCUCAGCUAUCUUACCUAUGGAAACAUCACCUUCAGAUGUGCUGACUGUUACACAAUUUAUCUUUGCUGAGCUCAGCAGCAGUACCUCUGAAACCAUUGUGAAACCUACAGUAAGAUCAGGAACAUCACAAAAUUUCAGCAGCAGCAGUAUUCUUCAGACUGUUGACGAAGGUGCAGGGAUUACUUCAGAGGCAGACGAAGCACCACCUUCUUUUUUAACCAGUGAUGUCUCAUAUAAGAAUACAUUGUCAGUUUCAGAUUUAGAAGAUACACUCCAACUCAGCUCAACAACAUCGUUCAUGGACAUAUCAACAACAGAGGAAUCGCCUCUAUUGUCUUUUACAGAAUUCAAAAAAACAGACUUCAGAACUACCUUUCACACAUAUGAUUCAUACACAGAAGAUGAAACAGCAACAGAACCGCAGUUUACCAGUAACACACUGCUUGAAAAUACAGGAAUCCCAACUGCAAGUACAGUAACAGUGUCAAAAAGGGAACUGACAGUACCUUUUAAUACAACUACCCAUAAGCACCAAUCAGCUAUAAGUAAUGUCUUCCUGUAUAAUCAAACUGAGACAAUGCAUCCAGCAAGCCAAAGUUCAAAGCCUGCAUUUGAAACAGGGACUUCAGAUGAAGCAGAAGGCAUUCCAACUACUACAGUGUUUAAUCAAACAGAAGAAAUUCAGCCCUGGAAUGAAAACUCAAGUUCUGCCCCAGAAGAUGUAAAUACACAUAUCAUAUACCACGGUGAGGAACACAACAAGAUAUUUAAGAAGGAGAGUGGCACGUUGCUGCUUAUCCUUGUGACAUUCACCAUGUGUGUCCUGCUCAUCAUUGUCCACUUAUUUCUACUCAAAUUAAGAAAGGCGCACCUGCUCUGGAAAAAAGAAAAAGAGUCAUCUGAAACAACAUUAGAGAGCAACCGAUCCCGGUCAAAUAAUGAAGAAAACAACUGCGGCUUAGAAAGAUACAGGCAAGGUAGUACUCGUAGUUAUGGUUUACAGUGCACUACAACUCAGAUUCCCGAAGUGGUGCGAGAGGAAACAGAAGCCACCUCAGCUCACCAAGCAACACGCAUUACAGAACACGCAAAGCAAUAUAUUAUGUAUAUGGAUGAAACAGCUGUGUAACAAGGCAUCCGGAAGAACUUGCUGAUGGUUUAUUGUAUGGCAAUAUUUGUGAAACAGUAUUAGAUAAAAGAUUGCAUUUUCACAAAUGUACCAGUUAAAAAGCACCUUCAGGUGUAAUGCUCUUAUAUUCAGUUGGAGUUACACAUGCAGGAUUUGCAGAGCAAAGUGAUGCCACAGUCAUGUGCAUAUGAAAACCAUGACCCAAACAGCCAAACUUUGAGUUACUUAUUCUGACAACUAGAAAUGAGUUCCAUCUUAUAUAAGUUUUACUUUCAAAAACACAUCAACGGUCUCUGUCUAGUUCAUUUUACAUAAAACUUAAAGACCUUGGAGAACAUUAUCAUUGGAACACUUUGCAAGCCAUUGCAGAUCUUGAGCAUGUGAAAAACAAAUGCUCAAAACUUUGGACGGAUAUCUUUCACUCUUUUACUGUGAGGCAGCUGGAGAAAACAGCUAAGGUAAUGCAGUAACUUGAUUAGAAAAUGCUUCUUGCCUCACUGCAUUCAGCACUUUCAUAUAGUCUGAAACAGAAAUAUUGUACACAAUCCUUAACAUGUGAAUGCACUACAACUAUGUUUAAGUAUACUGGAUAUGGUAUACUUAUUGCAUUAUAUCACUAUAUGCUAUGCAUAUCAGUCAUCUUUGAAACUCCAUUGCUGAGUUUGUUGCAGCUGUAGCCUGUAGGUACUAAUGCUGUUAUGCCCCACUCAUCUUCAGUAUAAACAACAUUGAUAUCAAAGGAUGGAAAACAAUAAUUCUAGUCUUUAUCUUACAUUCAUGUUAUUAUGACAAGGUACGGAGUUAUCCAUUGUAUUUUGUCUCAACGUCAUUAAACUUCCUGUUUGGCACUAUAUCUUGUUAUUCACUGUAAUAACCAUUACAUAAAAAAUUACACUGGGGCAUUACUGGCACAACAGACGUGUGGCAGGAUCAGCAGAUUAGUUCCUAUACUGCAGUACAGACUGCUUAGAAUAUCAACUGACUUUCAACUCCCCUGGUUAUCAGAUGCACUGAAUGAUGCCAGACAUUACUUAUCAAUACUGGAUUCAGUGGAGUAUGAACAAGGCAUGCUGUGCGGAAUGCUUCAUUUUAUUUAAAACGUGGACUGUUUGUGUACCAUUUUGCUAUGCAUGUUUAUUCACUAUAGUUGUUCAUUUGAAAACAUCAUAUUCAAAAACAAUGAUGUAUGUGGAGACCUGUGUAAGGAACCUCCAAAAGGAAAGUUUACUUUACUUUCAAGAAUAAUUUCAACAAAAACUAAAUGUAUAAUUUUUUACUUGAAUAGUUUCUUAUACCAAAGAAUGUUUUUCAUUGGGAAUGUAAAUGAAAGGGCAUACGGUUUUGUAAUUGCUUAUUUAUUUUAACUUAUCCUACAAUAGUUUGUAAAGUGUUAUUUUCAAAACUGUAUAUAUGUUUAGAACAGUGAUUUGUCAAUGGUGAAUUAUUUAUUACUACUGUAAAUAAAGCAAGUGUUAGCAGCU